AAUAUUGGGAAGUUAACCUGAAUAAGCAAAGCCAGUUAGGCUAUCAUCGAGAGUGUUACCCUUAACUUGUUCAUCUUCAAUUGCCACACCACACGUUCAAAACAACGAUCUAAAUCCAUGGAGAUGAUAAGGUUCAAGCUUUUCUUCUUUUCAACCCUGUGUCUUCUUCACGCGUUCGCUGCCAACGCCACCGACAUUCACUAUUGCGAUAAGAAAGCUGUCUAUGAUGUUGAGGUCAAAGGAGUUGAAAUAUCUCCUGAUCCAAUUGCAAGAGGCCAACCUGCUACAUUCAGCAUUGCUGCUACUACAGGUCAAGCAUUAUCUGGAGGGAAACUUGUGAUUGAUGUGUCGUAUUUUGGAUGGCAUAUACAUAGUGAGACACAUGACCUUUGUGGAGAAACAUCUUGCCCAGUUUCAGUUGGUGAUUUUGUGAUUGCUCAUUCACAAUUUUUACCUGGAUUCACUCCACCUGGUUCUUAUUCUUUGAAGAUGAAGAUGUAUGAUGGAAACAAGCAUGAGUUGAGUUGCAUUACAUUUGGUUUUGAGAUUGGGCUUGGUUCCUCUCUGGCUGAUAGCUAAUUGAAAUUGGUCAUUGAAAUUUAUGAUCAUAUCCAUAUAAAUUAGUUGUAGUGUUGUACAAACUGCAAAGGACCCUUGUAAUACUUAGCUGCUUGUUCUAUAGUCCAGCAUGACCAGUUUGUGGAUUCCGAAUAAUAAAAUGCGUUGUCGGGAAUAAAGGUGAUAGAUCAUAUGAAUAUGUAUCCUAUGUGCAAAACAUAUCAACUUAAAAAACAACACGAAGUGCAUUAA